AUGCCAGGGAUGCAGCAAUGGUCCCCAAAUCCCAAACGAGUACAUGUAGCCCAGGAGCUAGAUGCACAGACCCCAUCAGAGUGUCCUACGACUGGUUCAAAAGUCGGGAUCAUCGAGGAUCUGCAACAGCGGAUGGCCAAGCUAGAGAAUCUUCUCGCGGUGAGACCGCAUGCUGGUAAUUUCGGUCCGAUGAGAGAUGUCCCCGUUCAAGAGUCUUGGCCCCGGCCCAGUAUCUCUCAUUCUAGCUCGCCAUAUCUGGGCACUCUUGUUGUCAAAGGAGAACGCAGCAGAUGGCAUGGAAUGAACAAUAGAAUUACCCUUCUUAACCAGUUUGCAGAGGCCAAGACAUUUAUCAAUCAGUCAUUAAAGGACCCAGGCCUUGUGGGCCUUGCAAAGGAAGUUCAGUUCCUCAAGAGCAGGUCUCAGUCGUCGAACGACUCGCCUGAAUCAAUAUCCGGCCUGGAGAGCUUCCCUGAGCUCCAGAAUCUGCUUGGCUCUCUCCCGCCAAAACCAGUCACAGAUAGACUUCUGGAUGUAUACACAAAGAAUUUUGAGAGGAAUCUCAGAAUUCUGCAUGUACCUUCUUUCCUUCGGCACUAUAAAACAUUCUGGGCAACAACGGACCAUGAGCCCUCAUUCCUCUCAAUGUUCGUCCCUAUUCUGACGGCAAUUCUCUCUAUUUCGGUAGUCAUAGAGACAGAGCCAUUUAACAUGGAGUAUUCAUCAUCCUGGAAUUAUCUUAAGCAACAUGCGGUUGCCUCUGUCCAGGCGUGGAUGCGGAAGCUUCCACGGAAACCGAGAACGGAUCUUGCAACUUUACAAGUCGGAGUCUUGCUCCUAUUGGCGCGUCAGCUGCGCUCAGUUCCAGCAGAAGAGCUUUGGAAAGAAAGCGGCCUGCUAAUGCGGUCUGCAAUGGUGAUGGGUCUUCAUGUCAAUGUGACCCUCUCGCCUUCGAAAAGUCUCACUGUUUUCCAGGCAGAGCUAAGACGACGAUUAUGGAUUACUAUCGUGGAAAUGGAUCUCCAGACGUCGAUUGCCGCUGGCAUGCCAGUGUUGACACCAGCCCUCGAAUUCUCACCCCUGACGCCUUCCAACCUAAACGAUGCGGAUUUUAGUGAUACGAGUCCUGAGCUUCCAACACCAAAGCCUCUAGAUGUGGAAACGGAUACUCUUCCUCAGAUUCUAUUGGCCAAUUCUCUUGCAAAGCGUAUCAGAAUUAUGGGUCCCAUGCAGCAUACAACACCCAAAGAAACAAUGGAUGAACGGCUCAAGGAAAGCGAAGAUAUUGAAGAGAUCUUACAGCAUAUCCCUCCGUUCCUACAUCCGGACUAUGACUCUGAAAGCGCCGAUCUCUCAUCUGUUUUGAAUCGCGUACUUCUUGAUAUUCACAUUCGAAGACCUCUCAUUUGCCUUCUUAGACCAGUCACUAGCAGUGAUAAUCAGGAUGAGCCUUCGUUCUCUGGAAUUCAACGUAUGUGUCUCGAGUCAUCGAUCACUAUUCUGUCAUACCAGGACCUUUUUGAUCCUAACGUCGUGGAUCCUGAUACUCCUGGUUCCAACACAUACUGGAGAAUCUUCCAAACAUUCUGUCAAAAUGAUAUUCUGUGGGCAGCUUUGGGUGUUUGCGAAUACCUGAAGCACACGAAUCAACAUUCAUCCGCUCCAUCACCAUCCAACUUGAAUGACUCUCUUACAGACGGCAGCUCUAAAGCAAGUAAAAUCCCUGCUACCAACAACCUCGUCCACAACAAAGCGAGCCUGACCCGUCUAGUCGAGAAUACACUCGACAGCCUUACGCGUCGAAUAGGUGAAAAGGGCACCAACAUGAAAGAUGUGCUUCUAUUAUCCGUUGUCCUUCAAUCCGUUCGCUCUCGUGGUCCAUCUGAUCAAAAGGAACGACGCAUGUCUCAGGGCGCUAAAAAGGCUUUGUCUGUCUGUCGACAAAACCUUCUGUCCUCAGCAAACGAGACCAUUGUUGAUUCCUACUCCGACAAUGCAGUAUCUCAAAUGGUAUGUCUUCCUCCAUCUAAGUCAAUUCUUAUACUUACUUUUUUAGUCCAUUGA